AUGGAUUCCUCUGCGCCACAAUGCCCUCAAGCAACACGCGGUGCUGCAGAGGCAGCGGAGGCACCAACAGGUGACUUCGCAUCUUCGCACUCAGGAGUAUCUUCCCCAAAGCGGCCGCAACAACAACAACAGCAGCAACAGCAGCAACAGCAUCAGCAACAGCAACAGCAACAGCAGCAUCAGCAACAGCAACAGCAGCAACAGCAGCAACAGCAACAGCAACAACAGCAACAACAACAGCAACAGCAACAGCAGCAGCAGCAGCAGCAGCAGCAGCAACAGCAGCAACCCCUCCUUCUCCAGCCUCGUAAGUGUGGCAUUGUGGAAUAUCUGACGCGAUUCGACUCGACGCAAGCGCCCACUGGGCAGGAGCAGUUCGCGGAAUUGCCGUCUGAUGAGUGUCACUUGAAGGCGCUUUCCUCCAUUGUUGGUUUUAGAGGGGCGGUUAAGGCCCUUUUUGAGGAUUUUCAGGUGUACGAAGACCCCCUGCUUCCCCCCGACACAACGCGAGCAGCAGCAGCAUCACCACCAAGCAGCUGCAGCAGCGGCAACAACAACAAAUCCUCCCCCUUGCGUCUGACAGCCAUGCUCGAUGCGGAGCGGCUGCAGUGGAGGCGCAAGGAGCAGCACAGGCUGCUGAGAGGGGAAGGCCUUAUUGGAUCUUCCUUCACUCUGCCUUCCGCCUCUGGAGGAGCUGCGGCUGCAAGAACGACACCCACUGGAACGGCAGCACCCAGUGCAGCAGCAAGUGCGCUGAGCGUCGGCGAUCGCGUCAACAUCCAGUCCUUCGUGAGAACGCUUGCCUUCUCCCUUCCCUCCCUCGUCGCCGCCGCCGCUGCACACAGCCGCGAUAAAAUGGAUUCCACGAAAAGCCUCGCGAAUCCUCUGACAGUCGCAGACGCAGAUCUCAGAGGGGGGAACGACAACGGCAUGCACGGCGGGGAAGGCAGCCUUGAUGGCAGCAGAGCCGCGCCGGUCGGCGAUAAUAGCAGUCGUGUGGCAGACGCGGCAGCGACGGCUUUCACUCUGCCUGAGCUGUGGCUGUUAGGCAACGUAGCGGAAGCGAUCCAGGCUGCAGCAGCUGCUGCUCUUGCUGCACUUUUACCGGCGAGUAGAGCAGGAGCACCCAGUAAGGGCUGCUCGACAGACGCAGUCGUUGCCGAAGCAGAGAGCUGCGAUGGCGUACCCACGAAGGUUGCCGCUGCCAUUGAGGCUCACUUAUCGGUAGCUGUCAGCAGCGGCGGCGGCAGCACGUGGACUGUCUCUCCAGCAGGGUUGGAAUCGCUCUACAAGCAGCAACGACAGGCUUGCCACAACGCUGUGAGGCGGCUGCUGCCGUUCACCGUUUCUUCGGCUGCUUCUUUGACUGCCGCUGCUGCUUGCGGCGUUCUCGCUGGUGGAGAGGCGUCUCCGACAAAUGUAGGGCUCCUUCAGCACGCGAUGACUGCCGCUGCCGAGCUCAACGCGAAGGCUGCUGCAGCGCCUAACGAUGCUGGUAAGGCAGCUGCUGCCUGUCUGCCGCUUGUCUCUCUCGAGGAUAACUGGAGGCAGCAGCAGCAGGCUCUGCUGCAGCUGCAGCUGGAGCAGCUCGAGCAACAGAAGCUGCUGCAACGAGAAGGCGACUCGAUAGGAGCUGCCGUGGCAGGGGCAGUUGCUGCAGUUGCUCGAGCCGCCGCUGCUGCGCCUCCGCAGCAGCUCGUUCGCUUGACGCUGCAGCCUCAGUGCCUUGUCUUUCUCUUCAAGAGGCAUGGUGUCUCCAGGCAGCAGCUGCACCAGCACCGACAAGAACUGCAGAAAAAUAGCAGCAGCGGCGAUAGCAGCAGCAUCAAGAAAUGCAAAGCUAGUGGCGGCAUUCUCGAGGCAGCCGCAGCAGCUGCAGAGAACGCUCUCGGGAGUCAACGACGCUUCUUCAACGACGCCUCUCUAGUAGGCACUGAUCUCCCCCAGUACGAUCAUGACCAGGCAGCACCUUGCAAGGUCCGUCGGUACUGCUAUGUGCUGCUGCACAAACAGAAUAGAGACACUGCAGCUGCGCUGCAUUGCCUCUCGCGCUGCUUGGGAAAGCCGCCUUUCUCGUUCAGUGCCGCAGGAACUAAAGACCGCCGCGCAAUCACCACCCAACUCAUCUCUAUAGAACGUGCGACGCGGCAGCAAGUGGAAGAAGCCGCGCUGCAUGCUUUCUAUGACAGAAAUCUGAGCCUGCAAUUCAUUGGAUAUGCGGACGAACCCCUGCACUUGGGGAGGCUCAAGGGCAAUUUUUUCCAACUGGUCAUUCGCAAUGUGCGGCCUCUCCUCGGCAACAGCGACGACAACUGCACAACCAGCAAGAGGGAGGGUGAGGGCGCCCGUGCCAUUCCAGUUUCUGCCGUGCAUGCGCUGCAUGCGUUUGUAACGGACCGCAUGCACUCUCUUUCGACCAUGGGCUUCCUGAACUACUAUGGCCUGCAGCGCUUCGGAGCCCAAGAGGCAACAACCGCAGCAGUUGGCGCAUGUCUGCUUCGGAGAGACUAUGCGGCAGCAGUCAGGACGAUCCUUAAAAGCAAGCUUAGGGAGGCGCAGGAUGCUCUGCAGCAGCACCAGCAGCAGAUGCAGGAAGCUCUCCGCAAGAAGCAGGACCAGCUGCAGCAAGGCGAAGGCACCUCAGAAGCUGCAGAAGGCACCAUCGCCACAUCUAGCCUCUGUACCAACAGCAACGGAUCCGCAACGCCGGAACGAGACGGCCCGCUGCUGCAGUGCAGCCGGUCCGAAUCGUUAGAGGAGCGACUUUUGGAAGCACUGCUCAGGGGGGCUUCCUACGCCGAGGCGCUGCAGCAGCUGCCGCACGCAAGCCUCCUGAUGUACCUGCAUGCAGCGCAGGCUCUGGUGUUCAAUCAGCUUCUGUCUUACAGGUGGCGGCGGUACGGCUGCCGCGUCAUCCCCGGCGACCUAGUGCUGCAGAAGCCUCAAGGAAGUCUAUUGAAGCCAGAGUGUUACCAGCAGAGCGACGAACAAGGCCGCCUCCAUGCGACAGACAGCGAGGCUUUCGUCUGCGCCGCGUCACCCGCUGACUUGCUGCAGUUUGGGGAGGACGCCGAGAGCCUCGAAGGGGUCCCCUGUUCGCGGCAGUCCGUUCCUCCUGUAAGAGUAGUCAGCACUGCUGCAGAAGCGGCAGCCGUGGGCAUCCACGAAGUCGUGCUGCCGCUCCUGGGUAGCAGCAGCUCGGCGGUACCUGAGUAUCUCAAAGAGCCGCUGGAAGACAUUUGUAAGACGCACCUUGGCCUCACGGUGAAAGACUUCUUACAGCCUCCCGUCACUGGCGCUGGUGGCAGACGGCAGCAGCAGAAGCAGCGAGGGGGCUGCGACAACCGCAGGAGGCCCUUCAGAGGCAUUCCGGCGGGCAGAAUAGUGCAGCUGCUGCAGCAGGAAGACAACGCAGCCACGCACGAGAACCUCCGCUUCAGUCUGCCCGGGGGAUUUCGCCGUAUUGUCGCUGCCGCAACUGCGUGCAGCUGGCAGCUCGCCAUCUCUGGGACGGCGGCAGCGGAACCCCCUGCCGCACUGCUGCUCAGCGACGUGGACGUGCUCAAGGAAAGGAUACGCGCGGAGAAGAGGAAUGAGGAGGAGCAGCAGCAGCAGCGCCUGCAGCAGGACAGAGGCGAAGACGCUAGGCAGCGCGGCGAGGAGGGAGAGCAUCAGCAUGGACAGGAAAAACAGGAACAAAAGACAGAUCGCCUUGCAGCUUCAAAGCGGCUGCACUGUAUAUCCCUUGACGAUCCACUAGACGCAAGCAGGAUCCGCGAUUUCAGGGGGAAGGAGCCGCGCACAUUGGCGCUAAGUGAGCUGGCUGCAGAAGGCGACCCCUCGUGCACCAGUCGUAUUAGCGGAGGGGCGGAUGAAAGCAGCAUUGUCAUCGUGGACGAACAGAGGAAGGCGAGCAAUCUCAGUCUCGUUGUAAGGCUGCAUCUGCCUCCGGGGGUGUACUGCACAAUGGCGCUUAGGGAGCUGAUGCACGUCGACUUGCCGGAGGGGCCUGUGGACUGGAGGGGUUUUUGA